CAUGAUGUUGGACAACCGGACGGGGAGUUCUUGUCUGAGGAAAGCGAAGGAUGUCUUCUCGCAGGCAUUUGUAGAACCUGGAGAUGACAAUUAACCUACUGGUGGCCUACGUCUGUCGCCUGUCUGGAAAUAAUCUCUGCUAUGCUGUUGACGACCUCAACAAGGUAGCCACUGACCUGCCUGAGGGAUGGAGUCUCUCUUCGGGGGCGAGCUGGGCCUCCUGGGCGGGGGAGAGGGGCUGAGGGAGGAUGGCUGCGGCUUGGGGUCGGGGGUCAACUGGUCGGCCUCACCCAUCCAAGAUGACAUGUACCCCUCCCACUUCGCCCUGGCCGCCGCCUACCAUGACAUCAAGACACGAUUGGCCAGCCUGGAGCGAGAGAACAGCAGCAUCAAGAGGAAGCUGAAGAAUUAUGAGGUCAAGUUCCCUAUGAUCAGUGAGUUUGAGGAGGAGAGGACCCUACAGUGCUGCUCCUGUGAACCCAAGGAGACCAGCCUACUGCAGUCGGAGACCACCAACCUGCAACAGAGAGUCAACUCACUCACACAGGAGCUCCAGAAGAGUAAAGAGCGAGAGGAGAGACUGGAGGAUGUGAUUCAGGCCUAUGAAAAGAUCCACAUGGAGAAGAGUAACGUUCAGAGAGACCUGGACAAAAUGACGACACUAGCAGAGCAGCAUAAGGAGCGUAUCUGUGGUCUGGAGUCAGCUCUGAGGCAGAGGGAGGGGUCCCUGCAGAAACUCAGUGCUCAGCAGCACAGCAAGAACAUUCAUUACCUACAGCUACACACCAGUCUGGACGUGCCUCGCGAGCGGAAUGGGCGGGGUCCGACCCUGCAGAGCUCUCGUAGUCUGGACGCCAUGUCCGACAUGAAGCUGCAGCGGUUGGAGGCGGAGCUAGAAGGGGCGCAGCAGCAGGCCCAGGGGGCAUGUCAGAGAGAGAAGGAGAUGAAGGAGGAGCUACAGAGGCUGCAGACAGAGAUCAGAGAGCUGCAGCAGGAUGUACAGAGACAGCAGGAGGUGACCACACCCUGUGAGCACUGUGACGUGGAGUGGAUAAAGAAGGCAGGAGAUGAACAGGUGAACCUGGCGUUGGCCUACACUGAGCUGACAGAGGAGCUGGGUCGUGUGAGAGGUCUGGCUGUCAAACAGACUGAGAUCUUCAGGAAGGCAUCCCACGAUCAGAUGGUCCUAAGACACUCCCCAGCCCCCCAGCGUCGCUCCCCGGCCUCCCAACGCCCCUCCCCAGACCGCCUCCACCCUCACCCCUCUCCCUCUCCUCCCCUCUCACCUUCCUCCCCCCCUUCUGGCCACACUUCCUACUCCCCCACUGGCCUCUCUUACUCACCCACCGGCACAGCCUCCUAUUCCUGCCGGCCAACCAGCCAACGGCUGCGUGCCCGCUUCCAGGGGCGCCGCAGCUACUCGGAGGUGGCCGACUCGUCUGCCCACCAGAGGCCCCCGCCUAGGCUGCUCCGUGACCCGGUCGCCACCCUGCCCAAGCCCAGGAACAUGGGGGAGUCUGGGGCCUACUCCCGCCCGCCCAGGGUUUCCCUGGUGGGGCUCCCCCGGCCGGCCUCAGCCCGUGGAGCUGUAGGAGGUGGUGGUGGAGGAGGAGGAGGAGGAGGAGGAGGAGGAGGAAACAGCCUGAGCAGUAGUCCCCACCACCAUGCCCUGGGGCUGGGCUUCCCUCUAGCUGCAGAGGGGCGCCACUUCUGUCAUUUGGAGGAUCCCCUGGCCCCCACCCCACUGGUCACCCCGCCCCAGUCGUCUGACGAUGAGGAGGAGUGGAGGUGCCCAUCCCCGGUCUCCAGUCCUCCCAGGACACUGGGGGCCAUGGGGGUAAGCUCACGGGAACCUCCUCCCUGCCCCUCCUUCUUGGCCCCAAAGGGCCCGGCUAACUUCACCUGCCACCUGCCAGGGUACCUGAACGCAGACCAUGCCCAGUCCUGGCCCUCCAUCAAUUUGUGGAUGGAGACGGAGGAGAACGAUGCCCGGAGCUGCCCGCUGUGUCAGCUGACCUUCCCCACUGGUUACCCUGACGACGCCCUCAUCAAACACAUUGACACGCACCUGGAGAACAGCAAGAUCUAACCGUUCCCCCCCAGACACAGAUCAACUUACCCUGCCAAACUCUAACCUAAACCAUUACCAGGAAAACACAAAACUGACCUUAGUGUCCAGAGGCGACUUCGUCCUACUCCAGUCUGCUUCUGCUUCGAGUCAUGACUAUCCACCUGCUGAAAAAUAUGGGAUUUACAAUGGGCUCACCCUCAAUAAAAAUGACAGCAUCACCAUUGCGGAUCCCCUUUGCAAUAUGGCACUCUAGGGUAACAGACUGCAUCUACUGAAUCAUCCAUCUAAAUGUAGCGGUGAUACUGUCAAGCCCCUAGUCGUUUUCUAAACUGGAAAGUUUCCUUACCUCUGUAUGACAAUGUUAGUUUAGGGCUAUAACCAGGGCCAGUGCUGUUUCUAAAUGCUCCCUUUCUCUCCCAUGUUAUCAGGUAUGGUCUUUGACAUGGUUACCUCGCACUGUUUUUAAAACCAUCAAUAAUGGGUCACACCCCAACUACAUGCUUGAUCAUAAAUUACUCUCCAUCAAACCAGAAUGAACUCUUCACCCAGACUUUCAGGGCAUAUUCAUAACUGAGGUACACAGCACUUGUUUUAGAAUUUAGUUCUAAUGGAAUUUGAUGAAAACCAAUCUUUAAAUUGAUGAAUGAUAGUAUCUCACGUGUCUUUGUAAAAUGAAAUGAAAUAACAUGAAGUCCAGGAUGACAAAGAGGAUGGUGAUAAUAGCUCAAAAUAGUUGAGCUAAUGGCAGUGUGUCAAGGACCCUAAAACAGGGAUAGGAUGGACCACUAUAGGUACCGCAUAAGAAACUCCUUUGUAUGUUGACAUUCAGGGAUUUAUGAUAUUUUACCAGUGAAUAAAACUAGGGUAAUAACAGGCUGAAGAUGGUCUGGUUUGUAGGAGCUGUACAGUGAUUCCAGGCUGUUCUCCAUGGAUGAUUCAUGAAUCUCAGAAUACUGAAGCUUUACAUGCAGUCAUCCCUGAUACAUGCCUACAGGUUGUCAUUACAAUUCACAGCAACACAUUUAAUUCCCAACGGAUAUGAAUUGGACAGAUCCAGAACAUCAGCUGAUUCAACUCAGCCAGUUCUCAAAUUCGCACAGCAAUCAAGAUGAUCCAAAGACACUGGAGGGGAAUCUACCAUCAGUAUGUUGUCUUACGUCAGUUCAGUCGGCACUGAUCAGUCGGUUAAGGGACAAGCAUCGCGCAGUAGUGACGCCACCCGUCGGAAGACAAUGCCAUUAGUAUAGAUACCAUAGAAGGUAACACUGCAAUCAACCACAAUAAAACUGCUGGAUCGCUUCUGGGGAACACCAAGACACUCCACCAAUGAGAUGGAACAGUACUGGGAUACAUGAAUGGCAUCAUAGAGAUAAAUGAAUGACAUUUGAAUAUUGACAUAAACCCAUGUUCACACAUUGCAUUUCAACACACUACAGAAUUCCUUUUCUGAAUAUUUUUUUCCUUCUGUAGAAUCAUGACACUUCGUUUACUCUUUAUAGUCAUCUUUCGGGUUUCCUGUAAUGCAAAUAAUAAAAAUCUAAAUGUUAAAAUGA